AACAAGGCACCCGACUGGUUGGGCGGAAUUUUUUGCGCUCUUUUGCUUCCUCUCCUUUGGUUGCGUUGGUGGGCAAGCGGAAAACAGCCGGGAAGCCGAGGACCCCGGGUCCAUCUGCCGGAAAGCAUGCCUCAAACUCCUCCGUUUUCAGCAAUGUUUGACAGCAGCGGUUACAACCGGAACCUCUAUCAGUCUGCGGAGGACAGCUGUGGAGGGUUGUAUUACCAUGACAACAACCUCCUCUCCGGAUCUCUGGAAGCACUCAUCCAGCACUUGGUACCUAAUGUGGAUUACUAUCCGGAUAGAACGUACAUAUUUACCUUCCUACUGAGUUCUCGGUUAUUUAUGCAUCCGUAUGAGCUAAUGGCCAAAGUUUGCCACUUAUGUGUUGAGCACCAGAGACUAAGUGAUCCUAGUGGUGAUAAGAAUCAGAUAAGAAAAAUUGCACCCAAAAUUCUUCAACUCCUGACAGAAUGGACAGAAACGUUUCCUUAUGAUUUUCGGGAUGAAAGAAUGAUGAGAAACUUAAAAGAUCUGGCUCACCGAAUAGCCAGUGGCGAGGAGACAUAUAGGAAGAAUGUCCAGCAGAUGAUCCAGUGUCUAAUCCGCAAACUUGCCACGCUCAGCCAGUAUGAGGAAGUCCUGGCAAAAAUCAGCUCCACGUCAACAGAUCGGCUCACACUUCUCAAGACCAAGCCACAGUCCAUACAAAGGGACAUUAUUACUGUCUGCAGUGACCCUUACACAUUGGCCCAGCAGCUGACUCACAUAGAGCUAGAGAGGCUCAACUAUAUUGGCCCAGAAGAAUUUGUUCAGGCAUUUGUGCAGAAGGACCCUUUGGACAAUGACAAGAGUUGCUACAGUGAACGGAAGAAAACACGAAACUUAGAAGCUUACGUGGAAUGGUUUAAUCGUCUCAGCUACUUGGUUGCUACGGAAAUCUGCAUGCCUGUAAAGAAGAAGCACCGAGCAAGGAUGAUUGAGUAUUUCAUUGACGUAGCUCGGGAGUGUUUUAACAUUGGCAACUUUAAUUCCUUGAUGGCAAUAAUCUCCGGCAUGAAUAUGAGCCCAGUCUCUCGACUGAAAAAAACUUGGGCCAAAGUGAAGACAGCCAAGUUUGACGUUCUUGAGCAUCAGAUGGACCCUUCAAGCAAUUUCUACAAUUAUCGAACAGCUCUUCGUGGGGCGGCACAAAGGUCUUUAACUGCUCAUAGCAGCAGAGAGAAGAUUGUGAUACCAUUCUUCAGUCUUUUAAUCAAAGAUAUUUAUUUCCUCAAUGAGGGGUGUGCCAACCGCCUUCCCAACGGCCAUGUCAACUUUGAGAAAUUUUGGGAACUGGCCAAACAAGUGAGUGAAUUCAUGACAUGGAAGCAAGUGGAGUGUCCAUUUGAGAGGGACCGGAAGAUCUUACAGUACUUGCUCACAGUACCAGUCUUUAGUGAAGAUGCUCUCUACUUGGCUUCCUAUGAGAGUGAAGGACCUGAAAACCAUAUAGAGAAAGACAGAUGGAAGUCCUUAAGGUCCAGCCUCCUGGGCAGAGUUUAACACACGGGAUGCUGGCUGCUGCUAGCUGCUGCGUUCAAGCAGAUCAUCGAGGGGCUGGCCUUUGUUUUCGGGCAUCUAGUGCCACAAAAAAUCAUGAAGUCCCUGCAAGCACGCUCCCUCAAGAGCAGACGGGGAUCUUAUUCCCCACAGCUGACAGAUUGACUCAAAUUUUGUGAGACUGUAAUGUUCACUGAGGACACUUGAGGAAGAAUCCUCUAAAGAUCCCAGCUCUGCAAUGAUUCAUCUCCUGGAAUUUCCAUGUGAAUCACAGCUCUGCAUCUGGAUGGAGC